UCACAGAGAUCCGCCUGGCUCUGCCUCCCGAGUGCUGGGACUACAGGCGAGCUCGGCACAGUUGGAGAUUUUAUGAAGGACAUUAAGGAACUAAAAGAGAAAACGAAAGCUCCGAACCUGCGGAGAUGAGAGACACGAGUCAUCAGCAGCGCCAAAACCUGGGAGACGGGAUUAUGUAAAUGAGCGGGUUCUGCUGCAGCUCUCCUAUUGGUCACCAUGGGGAGAGCCUGCCUCAGCCAAUGACCGCAGCCAGCGGACAAUCGCCGUUCUGCGUAUAAAAGGGUGAGGCAGCAGCGUUCACGGUUACUUUCGAGGUGCUGGCUUGGAAGCUCGUCCUUUCUCAGUCGUCGUGAUGUCUGGUCGUGGCAAACAAGGGGGCAAGGCUCGAGCUAAGGCCAAGUCGCGCUCGUCUCGCGCUGGCCUGCAGUUCCCGGUGGGCCGCGUGCACCGCCUGCUGCGCAAGGGCAACUACGCGGAGCGUGUGGGCGCCGGCGCGCCGGUGUACAUGGCGGCCGUGCUGGAGUACCUGACGGCCGAGAUCCUGGAGCUGGCGGGCAAUGCGGCCCGCGACAACAAGAAGACUCGCAUCAUCCCGCGCCACCUGCAGCUGGCCAUCCGCAACGACGAGGAACUCAACAAGUUGUUGGGUAAAGUGACCAUCGCGCAGGGCGGUGUCCUGCCCAACAUCCAGGCUGUGCUGCUGCCUAAGAAGACCGAGAGCCACCACAAGACGAAGGGCAAGUGAGGCCGCCCCGCCCCAGCCAGGACUCGAAAACGGAUGUCCGCUGAAACCAAAGGCUCUUUUCAGAGCCACCCACUGUUUCAGAUUAAAGAGUUGUGACAUUA